UGAGAAGGUCUAAAAUGGCUGCUCUGUUGGAAGGGCAACAAUAUGGCCUUUCCGCUCAGGACAAAAUUAAUAGUAAUAAAACUUUAGUUUUUGUAAAAUUAACUGAUUCGGCACUUCGUUCAAUAGAAGAGUUUGUGAAAAAAAAGGGAAAUGCAGUUUCUAGGCCAACUAUACAAUUCCAAAACAGCAAUGGGGUGAUCAGAUUACCUCAAAAUGGUUCUUGCCAAAGCUAUGGUUUCACCUUGUCAAAUGUUGAAGCAGAUGGACCAAAGGGUAGCUUCGAAUGCCUUCGACAAACUGGUAACAGGUGUUUAGAAUCAUUAGGUUGCAUGCACAUGAAAAUGCAUAUUCAUGCAACGGAAGACAGCUAUGAAAAAACUAGAGUUAAAAUGGCAGCUGCUGAACAGGAACACAAAAAGUUUUGCACAAAAGAAAUUAAACCAUCUGGUGCUCAUUUAGGUCGAAAAGUUAAAGUCAAACGUCCUGGGCUAAUAGUAUCUCCAAUCAAAAGUAAUAGUCCUCCCACAUCAUCAAUGUUACCAAAAAAUCCAGUCAAAAUUCAGAGCAACGGAACUACUGUUAGCAACAACAGCAAUCCUCCUCUACCCAAAAAACCAGAACCACAAAAAUUUCCUAGAACUAAUAGCACUCCUAAAAGCAAAUUUGCUAAUUCUCCAGAGCUUUUGCGCCAACCUAUAAGAGAUAGGAUAAUCCACAUUCUUGCAAUUAGACCUUACAAAAGACCUGAACUGCUAGUCAGGCUAAUGAGUGAAGGUAUACGUGAUAAAGACAAGAAAGGGAUCACUGCCAUGUUAAGCCAGUGUGGUACCCUGAAAGGCAAUGUAUAUACUCUAGCAAACUAUUUAUGGAAUGAAGUUCAAGACAAUUGGAAGUUUUGCACGCAGGAAGAAGCAGAGAUUAUUCGCAAGAGGAAACAGCAGUUUCUAAACUCGAAUGAAAACGGAAGCACGUCUCCGAAUGCAGUACCUAGUACCUCACCCGCUCAGAAAAGAGUUUCCUCUGAACUGAGUUCUUCCAUUCAAGAGCCUCGUAGCAAGAAGCAGCGAAUCUCUCACUACACUCGCCCAGAGAACCCCAAGAACGAGUCUCCAGAAUACAGUGCCAGUGACAAAUCCCGGACUCCACCUACGACGAAGGAAGAGAAUGGGCGGACCACCCCCAUCCAUUCCUCGGGUCUAAGUCAGGGAACCAUUCCCGAAAAGUCUUUCCAGAAGGGGCAGAACGGCGGUUCCUACCCUAAAAGUUAUGUAAAUAGUUCUUCCGGCAAGCCCCAGAGUCAACCCCCACUAAGUCAUCCACGAUCUGCGGACUUGUGCAACGAGCCCAAAGCGCAUGUGUCACCGGAUUCCAACACCUACUUCCAGGACAAGGAGUCCAAGAAAGACACCCGUGCAAAAACUGUGAGCAAUGGCUAUGUUAACGGUGAUAGUAUUAACAAACAUAAUCAUAAUAAAAAAUCUCCAUACACGAAAGUGACUUCCACUACCAACGGAUCUUGCAGCACGUCGCCCCACUCCAGUUCCGACAGCAGGGAUAGCAUGGAUUGCAAUGGUUCUGUUCUGCAAGCUUCUUCACCUACUACUGAAAUCUCAUCUGAAUUUGAUUGUCCUUCCUAUUUAAAAGAGUACAGAACAAUAGAUUCAAGUGAGCAGAGACGAAGAUAUAAACAAGAUUUUGAUUCAGAAUAUACGGAAUACCUAAGGUUGCAUAACAAAAUUGAGGAAACAUCACGGACCUUUGCUAAAUUAGAACAUAUUUUACAUUCUACGGAAGAAGGCUCGGAGCAAUUUAAAAACGUAAUCUUAAACAUUUACAAGGUAUACAGGUCUUACCAGGAAGAUCCCAGCUAUGUCAAUUCUCUAAAAAAAUUCAACUUUUUACAUAGCAAACUAUCACAUAUCAAAAGGUUAGUAAUGGAAUACGACGGUACUCAGUGUGUUCAGUCAUAGCGAUUGCCCAGUCUUAGAUUUUUUAGAAACCUGUCGAUCUUGGAUGCUGGAAUUAAUUCUUGAUGGAAUCCAAUGUCUGGAAACACAAGACUGGUUUCUGCUAUGCUUUGUUAACAGUAUUUUUAUGUGAAAAAGUAAAGGCUGACAAAAGCUAUGAAUUAUUUAUUUUAUGAUAUAUUAUCAUGCAUAAGAUUUCAAGGUUUAAAAUUAUUACUGGUUGUGAUCUUCAGUUAUCCUUAUUUUAUUGCUGUUUCCCUUAUCCGAUUUAUUCCAAAUGUACCGUCUUGUAUUUUUGAAGAGUCAAAUAGUACUAAUUAGUAUACGUUCAGACUUAAUUUUUCAAAGUUGUGAAUCUUAUAUUAUUGUGAAAAUAAUGAUUGUCUUUCUGAAUAUUUUAAAAUUAUGUCAAGGUUUUCUGAUACCAUUAGCCUUCUACUUAAAACUCUUCAACAAACAAUAUUUGUGCCAAAGAUCUGCAAGUUUUGAUUUAUCUAUUUGAUAUGGAUAAUAUUAAAAACAUCUUUUAAAAAAUUUAUUUUGAAGUUUAACAGUUCCAAGGUCUGUCAUUCCUUACUGACGCUUUUAAUGUCUUCCAACAAAGAAGUUUACAUAUUUAUAUUCUGAUUUGUAAUUUAAGUUAUGUUAAAUAUAGACUUUCUUUCUUUUAAUCUGGGGUCAUUUCCCUAAAUAUUUGUAAAAUGUAUGCACUUCACUGGAAUUUUGUAAAUGUUAAUUCAAUAUGUUUAGCUCAUUGUUAAAUUUAGUGUGUUUAAAUAUCCUUUAACCAAAUAUUCAUUACAAAAUCUACAAGAAAAAUUAUAAUGAUCUAAUUAAUUAGAUGGUUUUUUACUGAAAUAGAGAGAGUGAUCUUAAGCUUGCCUUGUCUUAAGUCAUAUCAAGAAAUUCGGACUGUAAUUUGAGCCAUCUAUUUCUUAGUCACUUAUUUUACAUUCUAAUAAUAUUUAUUAGUUUCUUCAUGAAAAUAUUUUGCUGGUGUUAAUCCCCCCCCCCCUUUAACCUCUUGCUAUUUAUUAACAAACACAGUUUUUAUGCAAAAUUGUGUGUUUUUUGAAAAUUGCUGCAACUUUGAUAAAAAAAAUUAUAAGUGUUGCUAAUACUAAAUGAAGUUAUGAUGUAACGAGGACCGCACAUCAUUAUAUUAUUACUAUCACUUUAUGCUAAGUCAUGCAAUAAAUGAAAGCAUUAAAAAAUCAGUGUUUUACAUAAUUGAUCAUAAACCAUGAGACACUGACUACGUUAGAAUACAUUACCGAUUGUAGCUUACUCUUUGGCCUGUCUAGGUUUAAAAUAUGUAUCUAUAUGAGUUAUACUAGUCUUUCAUGCAAAAUAAAUGAAUAUUUAAUAGUCUAUUUUCAUAUAUUGAUAUCAAUUGCUUAAAAUCUCAAAAAGAAGGGGUCAAAAAAAAAAUUUUUUUUUAUGUAGCAUUUGUUACUUAUUUUUUUCUUUUGUGUAUAAAAAUUAUUUAAUUAUAUCCUUUGUUUGAUAUUAUUUACAAAAUUUUGGUUCAUUUCAAAACUAGCUUUUUAUCACUCGGCCAUUUGCCAUAAGACAGAUAUUUUUAAUUGGCAAUAUAAUCUGUAUCAUUGAAAUGAAUCAAUUAUCUUUAACAGUGUCAUCACGGUUUCUGAACGAUCAUGAAUGUGAAAUUUUGUCUAAAUUUGGUUUUUAAAUUCUUUGCUAUAAGCAAUUAUAACUCCCCAUUUUCACAAAAUACUAUUUAGAAAUUGAGUUUUGAGAUAACAGCAAGCAAGAUAACUCUUCAAUCAGAAAGGCUUAAAUUUCUGUCAAAUUUACUAUAAAUAUUCUUUUCUUAGGUCCUACAUUUCAUUUUCAAUUUAUUUUUUGUAGCAAGACAUUGCUAUCGCUCUUUAUCUGCGUUUUUUUGAAUUGAUAAAAUAAUUUUAAAAUAAAUUUUUAAUCAAUGCUUUCCUUGAGUAUAAUUAUGUAAAAAAGUGAUAGAAUUGGGUUGUACAGAAAACAAUUGAUAUUAGGUGGAAAAAAGUAUGAAAUAUGUCCGUCUCUCUCUUUUCUUAUUUGAUUAUCUCUCCAAAUUUGGGGAUUAUAUUUUCUUUUUUUUUUCCUCCGAAGAAGUGCGGAAAUCAAAUUCAGUUGUGGAAUUUGCACAUUGGAAAUUUAUUCUGGAAUAGCUAAUUCUCUGCAAGUAUAGCUAAAAUCCAGUUGUAAAUUUGUGCCAAGAACAAAGGAUUUUAGUCAUUAGUCAUAAUGCUUUUAUAAAAUAACUCUUUAAGCCAAAGUAUUUGAAUCACUCGGGUGUCUACAGGUUGUGAAAUUAUGGAAGAAGUCAAACUAGAAUUAUUGCCGUAAAGAAAAUUGGUUAAAUUUUAAGAUAAAGGUAGGUUAAAUUUUAAGAUAAAGAUGUGUACAUGAGAAAUUGAUGGAAAAAAAUAUACAUUUUUUAAAUAACUUGAUGUACAAAAACAGCAUUAUGUUAAAUAUAGAAUAAUUAAAUCAACAAGAACAAUAAACUAUAAAUUAAACUGAAUCGGCUGGUGCUGGAAUUCUCAUAAAAAUAAGAGUAAACACUAAAACUUCAUUUGCAAAAAAAAUAAACUAAAUUUUUAUGUCUAGUGCAUUGUCUAUACUUCAGUUACAUGGGACAUUCUCACAGAAACUCUUAUUUUCAUGUCCUUGUUAUAAUUUACAAAUGUUUUGACUCAUGCAUACUUUUAGGAGUUUAAAUACUUUUCAGUAUAGAGUUUAACGAGAUCACAUUAAAAGUAAAAUUUCUAUAUUUUAUCUUAAAUGUCUUUAAUGUAAGUCUAAAAUACCCAAAUGUCAUUUCCCCACCUGUCCCCACUGUUAGUAAAAAAUAAGAAAAAAAUUUUCUAAGCAAACAAAGAAUAAGUUCACAUUUUUGUGUUUUUUAUUUCAAAAUACUGAAUAAUUUAAGUAAAAAAAAAAACAUUUAAGAUUAAAUUUUCACCAAGAAUUAGUUUAUGUAAUUAUUUUUAAGUUUACCCCCAGGGGGGGGGGCAAUUAGUGUCAUUCCCUCACAGCAGUAAAUUUCUUUCCCAGAAUCCCAACGAAAUAAUUUUUUUUACGAAUAAGUGUAGUAAUUCACAGCUGGUAACCCAGAAAAAUAUUGCAGCAUAUUUGCAUCUUUAAUUUAUCAGAAAUGUUAUUUUUUAUUUAUUUUUUUAUUUAUUUAUUUUUUUGGAAUCUAUAUUGAAAGCAUAAAACCAGAUAAGGUUUUUUGCAUCUGUUUUUAUAGAAAAAUAAAGUAAAAUAAUGGAUAAAAAUUGAAUAAUCAUAACUUAUUUCCUCAUUUGAGACUAUUUGUAUGCCAGAUAUCGGUUAAGCAUAAGUACUAUAAUCCAAUUUUAAUGAAUUUGUCAUUCCCUGACUGAGGGUAUAAUGCCAUUCAAAAAAUAUUUUCGUUUAACAAGACCAAUGUUUUUUUCUAUUAACUCCAAACAUAUAUCUAUCUCUGUAAAAGGUUUGAUCUGAUUCUACCCACUUUAUUUUUCUGAACUUAACUUAAUAAGCUCCAAACGACUGUUGAUAUUCAAACGACCCAUAUGUUGAUAUAGAUUUUUUUUUUUUGUGCUAAAAGUAGCUUUCGCUUGAGUCUGGGAAGUUUUAAAAGAUGUAUUUAAGUCUGUGUAAAAUUGAAGUUAAAAGCAAAAAAAGAAAAAAUAUAUGAAAUCUUAAUUUUUUAAGAAAUAACCUCCAUUGCACAGAAGGCAAUUCAAGCAUUUGUAUUAGUACUAAUUGUAUCGGCAAUAAAAAUUCGCAUAUUAAAUUUUCACACCUGUUGACACCCUUAUUAUAUUCAUUCGACAUCACCAUUGAUACAAACAGCUUUGCCCUUGUGAUAGCUCUGCUGGAUCAGUAGUGGUGUCGAAUGGUUGCUUAUGUA